AUGGAGAGGAAAUAUGGGCCUGUUGAAGAAUUAAAUGUUGGCAAUGUUUAUGUAAAAUUUGUUUAUGAGAAAGAUGCAGAAAAAGCAGUUCAAGGAUUGGAAAAUAGAUGGUUUAACGGCCACCCAAUUUAUGCUGAACUUUCACCAGUAUCAGAUUUUCGUGAGGCACGUUGUCGUCAACACGAAAUCAGUACUUGCGUAAAGGGAGGAUUUUGUAAUUUUAUGCAUUUGAAGGAUGUGUCUGAUGAUGUUUAUGAACGCUGUUAUGGAGGCAAAGGUGCUAGAUAUAGGAGUGGACGGCGACAUGAUCGUUUUUAUGCUGAUGAUGGAUAUGAUGACCGACGUGAUAGAGACCGUAGCGAUAGAGAUCGAGGUGACAGAGACCGUGGAGAUAGAGAUCGUCGUCGACGGAGGCGGGAUGAUGACGAUGAUUUUCAUGAUUAUCGUCGUUAA